CCAGAAAACAAUAUAAAAUCCAGCUGUCUUCCUACUGUCCCCUUCAGAAUUACCUGAUUCCACACACACGAGUCGCAAACAAUGCGUUUCUCCUCUGCAACUGUCCUCGCAAUCAUUGCUGCUUUAGUACCAUCAAUCUCUGCCAUGCCAGCUACUAGUGUUGCAGAUAACCCUUUCAACCCUCAAUGUUACAGAGCUUGCUGGUAUCACACUGAUUGCACUAAGCACGCAACUGAAGACUGCAUGGCAGAGCGGUUUCUGGUACUGCAUCCAUGUGAGUCGUAUUAUUGCCUUCACGAUGUCAUUAUGGCCGUUGACACUGACGCGCGAGUUAAGUUCUUUGCGUAUCGGAAAUGGCGCGAGAUUUCCGGGAAAUAUAGGAGAUGGUGUCAGAUCUGGGUCAAAUUGUUAUGUACGAAAAAGUCGUUUCAUAUGAAGUUUAGUGGACCCCAAAGUGUGCUAAGAUGUGCCUCCUGUGCCCUGGCGGAUAAUAUGAGCUUAACCAGUCGCUUGAAGAUAUCUAGCUCUCUUGCUGCCCAGAUGAGCCACGAUAUAAAAAUAGCAACAGCCACGCAUUCACUGACAAUCAAUGCCAGCAUGGUCAUUGUUGUAGACUUGAACACGUUGUACAGCGGUGCGACUCGGAUUGAGAAGUAAGUUGUCCACCACAUGAGCAUCGCAUAGUAGGGGAGACUGUUGAUCGUUGCAAGGGCUUUAUCUCCCAAAAACGUAUCAGUCAUAUUGCGCAGGAAGUCUCCCUGUGCAGACUGCUUAGCACAAGAGAGAUGAUUGCCAAGGCGACGACCUAUUGAAAGUUUGUCCGCUGAUUCACAACCAUGUCUUUGGUUUUGACGGGCCAGCAGGACUGAGAUGACCAAGGAGCCAGUUAGAGUCCGCUGGUGGCUGACUUUUGUAAUAUUAUCUUCCGACUCCUGCUGAGAGUGAAGAACUCAUCACCGAAAACCAGUUAACCCGGUAUGACAAAUGCCG